AACAUUACAAUAUGAACAACAGAAUAUCUUAAUAUUAUGGCUAAAUUUGCAUUAUGUUAUACAUUUCUGACAUGAUAAGAAAACAUGAGAAGUAAUGCAGGCAUAUCAAAAUAUACAUUCAAAUGAUAUAAAUGUACAAACCAAACGAGAAAAUAUUAAUUACAUUUGAAAUAUUAUUGCUGAAGUUUGUGUGGUCAGUAGAUAUUUUCCCUUUUCCUUUAUUUCAGUAAAUAAUACUCCAUCAGUGUAGCCAAUUAAGUAAAGACAUUAUUAAAUAAUUAAGUAUUGAAAAGAGAAAUGUCUUUGUUUUAGAUAAUGAAAAGACGAAAUAAAAAAGCAAUCCCAGAAAAGAUCGAAGAAGAUGUUAUUGCAAAGAGUGAACGUGACAAUGAAGUUAAACCCGAGAAUGUCCAAAAGGACAGCAAAAUCAUCCCAGAUAAUGAAACACAAGAUCAACUUGAUGAAUUGGAUGGUAUCAACUCUAGCUUAAAAGAUGCUAAUAAGAAAUUAGAAGAGGAGGUGAAUGAAUACAAGGAGAAGAACAAAAAGCUGGUUGAUAACAAAGUCAAGCUUAAAGAAAAGAUAAAUGAUGCUGCAAAUGAGAUAAUGGCCAAAAUAGAAGAAAAUAAGAAACAUAAAAAUCAUAUAAACCAACUUGAAGAAGAACUGAAAAAGGUUCCAAAUGGAAAAGAAAAAGUGGAGGAAAUAAAGAAAUCUGUUCCAGAGGAUGAAAACAAAAAAGAAGUCCCGCAAAUUGUUGAUGUGAAUAAAAUGAGUGAAAAUGACAUUGCCUCCUUAGUUGAUGAACUUGAGGUUUUAAAGAAACAACAUGAAGACAUGGAGACGCUUAACAAAAUUUUGCAAGAUGACAAAAAGGGACUCGCUGAAGUGAAAGAAAGACUAGAGAAUGCGAGACAUGAAUUGAAAGGUAAAGAUGCCCUAAUCAGGCAAUUAGAAGAAGAAUUGAACAAGUCUCCAAAAGGUAAGGAAGAGUUAGAGAAAAUAAAGACAAGUGUUAAGGAGAAUCUAAAAAGAAAAGAACCCAAGGCUACUGAAGAAUCUGUACCAACAGCAAAAGAAGCCAAGCAGCUACCAGAUACUAAGUUACAAGAACUAAUGGAUGAGUUGGCAUCAACAAAGAAUCAACUGAAAGAUCAAGAGGCUCUCAUGAAGCAACUGGAAGCUGCAACUGAACAGAAAGACAAUGAGGAUAAGGAUCAGAGUCAUAAAGAUGAUAAAAUCAAAGAACUCAAAGAUAAAAACAAGACACUUAAGAGUAAGGUUUUGGAAGCAGCAAAUGAAGUUAAGGAAAGGAUCAAGGAAAAUAAAGUGCAAGAAAAUCAGAUCAGGGCACUUGAAUAUGAACUCAAAAAGAUUCCCAAAGGGAAAGACAAGAUAGAAGAGAUCAGGAAAAUUGUUCCAGAGAAAACAGAACAAAAGAAAGAUAAAACUCCUGGUGUAGAGGAUGUGAAGAAAAUGAGUGAUAUGGAAAUUGAUGCAUUAACAGAAAAGCUUGACUGUCUUGAGAAAGAGGUUGAUGACUUGAAAGCACUUAAUAAAAUCUUAGAAGAUGACAAGAAAGGAGUUGGUGAAGUUAAACAGAGGCUAGAAGAUGCCAGAAAUGAGGUGAAAAAUAAAAACUCACAAAUAAGACAGCUUGAAGAGGUACUCAAAAACUCAGCUAAAGGGAAAGAAGAAGUAGAGAAAAUCAAGAAUCAAAUUGGGGAAGAGCUGAUAAAAGUAUCUGAUGUCAAAGUCCAAUCUGUACCAAGGGCUAAAGAAGCCAAAGAAUUACCAGAUGCAAAGCUGCAAGAACUAAUGGAUGAGUUGACAUCAACAAAGAAUCAACUGAAAGAUCAAGAGGCUCUCAUGAAUCAACUGGAAGCUGCAACUGAACAGAAAGACAAUGAGGAUAAGGAUCAGAGUCCUAAAGAUGAUGAAAUCAAAGAAUUAAAAGAUAAAAACAAGAAACUUAAGACUAUGAUUUCUGAAGCAACAAAGGAAGUGAAGGAAAAGAUCAAGGAAAAUAAAGACAAUAAAAAUCAAAUUAGGAAACUUGAAGAUGAACUCAAAAAGAUUCCCAAAGGUGAAGAUAAAGUUGAAGAGAUCAAGAAAAGUGUUUCAGAGAGAAUUGAGAAAAGGAAAGAUAAAACUCCAAAUGUGAAUGAUGUCAAGAAAAUGAAUGAAAUGGAAAUUGCUGAUUUGAUGGACCAGUUUGGUAUUCUAAAGAAAGAAGUUGAUGACUUGGAAGCACUCAAUAAAAUUCUAGAAGAUGAUACGAAAGGAGUUGGUAAAGUUAAACAGAGACUAGAAGAUGCCAGGGAUGAAUUGAAAAGUAAAGACUCUCAAAUAAGGCAACUGGAAGAGGAACUAAAGAAAUCACCCAAAGGCAAAGAAGAGGUUGAAAAGAUUCAAAAUGAAACCAAAAAAGAACAACAGAAGAAAACAGCAAAGGCUAAUGAAGAAUCUAUACCAACAGCAAAAGAAGCCAAGCAGCUACCAGAUACUAAGUUACAAGAACUAAUGGAUGAGUUGGCAUCAACAAAGAAUCAACUGAAGGAUCAAAAGGCUCUCAUGAAGCAACUGGAAGCUGCAACUGAACAGAAAGACAGUGAGGAUAAGGAUCAGAGUCAUAGAAAUGAUAAAAUCAAAGAACUCAAAGAUAAAAACAAGAAACUUAAGACUAUGAUUUCUGAAGCAGCAAAGGAAGUGAAGGAAAAGAUCAAGGAAAAUAAUGAGAAAGAAAAUCAAAUAAGGAAACUUGAAGAUGAACUCAAAAAGAUUCCAAAAGGUGAAGAUAAAGUUGAAGAGAUCAAGAAAAGUGUUCCAGAGGGAAUUGAGAAAAAGAAAGAUAAAACUCCAAAAGUGAAUGAUGUCAAGAAAAUGAAUGAUAUGGAAAUUGCUGAUUUGAUGAACCAGUUUGGUAUUCUAAAGAAAGAAGUUGAUGACUUGGAAGCACUCAAUAAAAUGCUAAAAGAUGAUAAGAAAGGAGUUGGUGAAGUUAAACAGAGGCUAGAAGAUGCCAGGGAUGAAGUGAAAAGUAAAGACUCUCAAAUAAGGCAACUGGAAGAGGAACUAAAGAAAUCACCCAAAGGCAAAGAAGAGGUUGAAAAGAUUCAAAAUGAGACCAAAAAAGAACAACAGAAGAAAACAGCAAAGGCUAAUGAAGAAUCUGUACCAACAGCAAAAGAAGCCAAGGAGCUACCAGAUACUAAGUUACAAGAACUAAUGGAUGAGUUAGCAUCAACAAAGAAUCAAUUGAAAGAUCAAGAGGCUCUCUUGAAGCAACUGGAAGUUACAACUGAACAAAAAGACAACGAGGAUAAGGACAAGAGUCCUAAAUAUGAUGAAAUCAAAGAAUUAAAAGAUAAAAACAAUAAACUGAAGAGUAUGAUUUCAGAAGCAGCAAAUGAAGUGAAAGAAAAGAUCAAGGAAAAUAAAAAGAAGGAAAAUCAAAUAAGGAAACUUGAAGAUGAACUCAGAAAGAUUCCCAAAGGUGAAGAUAAAGUUGAAGAGAUCAAGAAAAGUGUUCCAGAGAGAAAUGAGAAAAGUCUAAAUAAAACUCCAAAUGUGAAUGAUGUAAGGAAGAUGGAUGAUAUGGAAAUUGCUGCCUUAAUGGACCAGCUUGGUAUUCUGCAGAAAGAAGUUGAUGACCUGGAAGCACUAAAUAAAAUUCUAGAAGAUGAUAAGAAAGGCAUUGGUGAAGUUAAAGAGAGGCUAGAAGAUGCCAGGGAUGAAUUGAAAAGUAAAGUUUAUCAAAUAAGGCACUUGGAAGAGGAACUAAAGAAAUCACCUAAAGGCAGAGAAGAAGUUGAGAUGAUCCAAAAUGAAACCAAAAAAGAACAACAAAAGAAAACAGCAAAGGCUAAUGAAGAAUCUGUACCAACAGCAAAAGAAGCAAAGGAGCUACCAGAUACUAAGUUACAAGAACUAAUGGAUGAGUUGGCAUCAACAAAGAAUCAACUGAAAGAUCAAGAGGCUCUCAUGAAGCAACUGGAAGCUGCAACUGAACAGAAAGACAAUGAGGAUAAGGAUCAGAGUCCUAAAGAUGAUGAUAUCAAAGAAUUAAAAGAUAAAAACAAGAAACUAAAGACUUUGAUUUCCGAAGCAGCAAAGGAAGUGAAGGAAAAGACAAAGGGAAACAAAGAGAAGGAAAAACAAAUUAAGAAACUUGAAGAUGAACUCAAAAAGAUUCCCAACGGUGAAGAUAAAGUUGAAGAGAUCAAGAAAAAUGUUCCGGAGAGAAUUGAGAAAAAGAAAGAUAAAACACCAAAUGUGAAUGAUGUAAAGAAAAUGAAUGAUAUGGAAAUUGCUGCUUUAAUGGACCAGAUUGGGAUUCUGAAGGAGGAAGUUGAUGACUUGGAAGCACUAAAUAAAAUUCUAUUAGAUGAUAAUAAAGGAGUUGGUGAAGUUAAACAGAGGCUAGAAGAUGCCAGGGAUGAAUUAAAAAGUAAAGACUCUCAAAUAAGGCAACUGGAAGACGAACUAAAGAAAUCACCCAAAGGCAAAGAAGAGGUUGAAAAGAUUCAAAAUGAAACCAAAAAAGAACAACAGAAGAAAACAGCAAAGACUAAUGAAGAAUCUGUACCAACAGCAAAAGAAGCCAAGCAGCUACCAGAUACUAAAUUACAAGAACUAAUGGAUGAGUUGGCAUCAACAAAGAAUCAACUGAAAGAUCAAGAGGCUCUCAUGAAGCAACUGGAAGCUGCAACUGAACAGAAAGACAGUGAGGAUAAGGAUCAGAGUCAUAAAGAUGAUAAAAUCAAAGAAUUAAAAGAUAAAAACAAGAAACUUAAAAGUAUGAUUUCUGAAGCAGCAAAGGAAGUGAAGGAAAAGAUCAAGGAAAAUAAAGACAAUACAAAUCAAAUUAAGAAACUUGAAGAUGAACUCAAAAAGAUUCCAAAAGGUGAAGAUAAAGUUGAAGAGAUCAAGAAAAGUGUUCCAGAGAGAAUUGAGAAAAAGAAAGAUAAAACUCCAAAUGUGAAUGAUGUCAAGAAAAUGAGUGAUAUGGAGAUCACUGCCUUAAUGGACCAGCUUGGUAUUCUGAAGAAGGAAGUUGAUGACUUGAGAGCACUUAAUAAAAUUCUAGAAGAUGAUAAGAAGGGAGUUGGUGAAGUUAAACAGAGACUAGAAGAUGCCAGGGAUGAAUUGAAAAGUAAAGACUCUCAAAUAAGGCAAUUGGAAGAGGAACUAAAGAAAUCACCUAAAGGCAGAGAAGAAGUUGAGAAGAUCCAAAAUGAAACGAAAAAAGAACAAAAAAAGAAUACAUCAAAGACAAAUGAAGAAUCUGUACCGACAGCAAAAGAAGCAAAGGGGCUACCAGAUACUGAGUUACAAGAACUAAUGGAUGAGUUGGCAUCAACAAAGAGUCAACUUAAGGAUAAAGAGGCUCUCUUGAAGCAACUGGAAGUUGCAACUGAACAGAAAGGCAAUGAGGAUAAGGAUCAGAGUCAUAAAGAUGAUAAAAUCAAAGACCUCAAAGAUAAAAACAAGAAACUUAAGACUAUGAUUUCUGAAGCAGCAAAGGAAGUGAAGGAAAAGAUCAAGGAAAACAAAGAGAAAGAAAAUCAAAUUAAGAAACUUGAAGAUGAACUAAAAAAGAUUCCCAAAGGUGAAGAUAAAGUUGAAGAGAUCAAGAAAAGUGUUCCAGAGAGAAUUGAGAAAAAGAAAGAUAAAACUCCAAAUGUGAAUGAUGUAAAGAAAAUGAAUGAUAUGGAAAUUGCUGCCUUAAUGGACCAGCUUGGUAUUCUGAAGAAGGAAGUUGAUGACUUGGAAGCUCUCAAUAAAAUUCUAGAAGAUGAUAAGAAAGGAGUUGGUGAAGUUAAACAGAGGCUAGAAGAUGCCAGGAAUGAAUUGAAAAGUAAAGACUCUCAAAUAAGGCAACUGGAAGAGGAACUAAAAAAAUCACCGAAAGGCAAAGAAGAAGUUGAAAAGAUUCAAAAUGAAACCAAAAAAGAACAACAGAAGACAAUACCAAAGACUAAUGAAGAAUCUGUACCAACAGCAAAAGAAGCCAAGCAGCUACCAGAUACUAAAUUACAAGAACUAAUGGAUGAGUUGGCAUCAACAAAGAAUCAACUGAAAGAUCAAGAGGCUCUCAUGAAGCAACUGGAAGCUGCAACUGAACAGAAAGACAAUGAGGAUAAGGAUCAGAGUCAUAAAGAUGAUAAAAUCAAAGACCUCAAAGAUAAAAACAAGAAACUUAAGACUAUGAUUUCUGAAGCAGCAAAGGAAGUGAAGGAAAAGAUCAAGGAAAACAAAGAGAAAGAAAAUCAAAUUAAGAAACUUGAAGAUGAACUCAAAAAGAUUCCGAAAGGUGAAGAUAAAGUUGAAGAGAUCAAGAAAAGUGUUGCAGAGAGAAUAGAGAAAAAGAAAGAUAAAACUCCAAAUGUGAAUGAUGUAAAGAAAAUGAAUGAUAUGGAAAUUGCUGCUUUGAUGGACCAGCUUGGUAUUUUGAAGAAGGAAGUUGAUGACUUGGAAGCUCUCAAUAAAAUUUUAGAAGAUGAUAAGAAAGGAGUUGGUGAAGUUAAACAGAGGCUAGAAGAUGCCAGGGAUGAAUUGAAAAUUAAAGACUCUCAAAUAAGGCAACUGGCAGAAGAACUAAAAAAAUCACCCAAAGGCAGAGAAGAAGUUGAAAAGAUUCAAAAUGAAACCAAAAAAGAACAACAGAAGAAAACACCAAAGACUAAUGAAGAAUCUGUACCAACAGCAAAAGAAGCCAGGCAGCUACCAGAUACUAAAUUACAAGAACUAAUGGAUGAGUUGGCAUCAACAAAGAAUCAACUGAAAGAUCAAGAGGCUCUCAUGAAGCAACUGGAAGCUGCAACUGAACAGAAAGACAAUGAGGAUAAGGAUCAGAGUCAUAAAGAUGAUAAAAUCAAAGAACUCAAAGAUAAAAACAAGAAACUUAAGACUAUGAUUUCUGAAGCAGCAAAGGAAGUGAAGGAAAAGAUCAAGGAAAACAAGGAGAAAGAAAAUCAAAUUAAGAAACUUGAAGAUGAACUCAAAAAGAUUCCGAAAGGUGAAGAUAAAGUUGAAGAGAUUAAGAAAAGUGUUCCAGAGAGAAUAGAGAAAAAGAAAGAUAAAACUCCAAAUGUGAAUGAUGUAAAGAAAAUGAAUGAUAUGGAAAUUGCUGCUUUAAUGGACCAGCUUGGUAUUUUGAAGAAGGAAGUUGAUGACUUGGAAGCUCUCAAUAAAAUUUUAGAAGAUGAUAAGAAAGGAGUUGGUGAAGUUAAACAGAGGCUAGAAGAUGCCAGGGAUGAAUUGAAAAUUAAAGACUCUCAAAUAAGGCAACUGGCAGAAGAACUAAAAAAAUCACCCAAAGGCAAAGAAGAAGUUGAAAAGAUUCAAAAUGAAACCAAAAAAGAACAACAGAAGAAAAUACCAAAGACUGAUGAAGAAUCUGUACCAACAGCAAAAGAAGCCAAGCAGCUACCAGAUACUAAAUUACAAGAACUAAUGGAUGAGUUGGCAUCAACAAAGAAUCAACUGAAAGAUCAAGAGGCUCUCAUGAAGCAACUGGAAGCUGCAACUGAACAGAAAGACAAUGAGGAUAAGGAUCAGAGUCAUAAAGAUGAUAAAAUCAAAGACCUCAAAGAUAAAAACAAGAAACUUAAGACUAUGAUUUCUGAAGCAGCAAAGGAAGUGAAGGAAAAGAUCAAGGAAAACAAAGAGAAAGAAAAUCGAAUCAAGAAACUUGAAGAUGAACUCAAAAAGAUUCCCAAAGGUGAAGAUAAAGUUGAAGAGAUCAAGAAAAGUGUUGCAGAGAGAAUAGAGAAAAAGAAAGAUAAAACUCCAAAUGUGAAUGAUGUAAAGGAAAUGAAUGAUAUGGAAAUUGCUGCCUUAAUGGACAAGCUUGGUAUUCUGAAGAAAGAAGUUGAUGACUUGGAAGCUCUCAAUAAAAUUCUAUUAGAUGAUAAGAAAGGAGUUGGUGAAGUUAAACAAAGGCUAGAAGAUGCCAGGGAUGAAGUAAAAAGUAAAGACUCUCAAAUAAGACAACUGGAAGAAGAACUAAAGAAAUCACCCAAAGGCAAAGAAGAAGUUGAAAAGAUUCAAAAUGAAACCAAAAAAGAACAACAGAAGAAAACAUCAAAGACUUAUGAAGAAUCUGUACCAACAGCAAAAGAAGCCAAGCAGCUACCAGAUACUAAAUUACAAGAACUAAUGGAUGAGUUGGCAUCAACAAAGAAUCAACUGAAAGAUCAAGAGGCUCUCAUGAAGCAACUGGAAGCUGCAACUGAACAGAAAGACAAUGAGGAUAAGGAUCAGAGUCAUAAAGAUGAUAAAAUCAAAGACCUCAAAGAUAAAAACAAGAAACUUAAGACUAUGAUUUCUGAAGCAGCAAAGGAAGUGAAGGAAAAGAUCAAGGAAAACAAAGAGAAAGAAAAUCAAAUUAAGAAACUUGAAGAUGAACUCAAAAAGAUUCCGAAAGGUGAAGAUAAAGUUGAAGAGAUCAAGAAAAGUGUUGCAGAGAGAAUAGAGAAAAAGAAAGAUAAAACUCCAAAUGUGAAUGAUGUAAAGAAAAUGAAUGAUAUGGAAAUUGCUGCUUUAAUGGACCAGCUUGGUAUUCUGAAGAAGGAAGUUGAUGACUUGGAAGCUCUCAAUAAAAUUCUAGAAGAUGAUAAGAAAGGAGUUGGUGAAGUUAAACAGAGGCUAGAAGAUGCCAGGGAUGAAUUAAAAAGUAAAGACUCUCAAAUAAGGCAACUGGCAGAAGAACUAAAAAAAUCACCGAAAGGCAAAGAAGAAGUUGAAAAGAUUCAAAAUGAAACCAAAAAAGAACAACAGAAGAAAACAGCAAAGACUAAUGAAGAAUCUGUACCAACAGCAAAAGAAGCCAAGCAGCUACCAGAUACUAAAUUACAAGAACUAAUGGAUGAGUUGGCAUCAACAAAGAAUCAACUGAAAGAUCAAGAGGCUCUCGUGAAGCAACUUGAAGCUACAACUGAACAGAAAGACAGUGAGGAUAAGGAUCAGAGUCAUAAAGAUGAUAAAAUCAAAGAACUCAAAGAUAAAAACAAGGAACUUAAGACUAUGAUUUCUGAAGCAGCAAAGGGAGUGAAGGAAAAGAUCAAGGAAAACAAAGAAAAAGAAAAUCAAAUUAAAAAACUUGAAGAUGAACUCAAAAAGAUUCCCAAAGGUGAAGAUAAAGUUGAAGAGAUCAAGAAAAGUGUUGCAGAGAGAAUAGAGAAAAAGAAAGAUAAAACUCCAAAUGUGAAUGAUGUAAAGAAAAUGAAUGAUAUGGAAAUUGCUGCUUUAAUGGACCAGCUUGGUAUUUUGAAGAAGGAAGUUGAUGACUUGGAAGCUCUCAAUAAAAUUCUAGAAGAUGAUAAGAAAGGAGUUGGUGAAGUUAAACAGAGGCUAGAAGAUGCCAGGGAUGAAUUGAAAAGUAAAGACUCUGAAAUAAGGCAACUGGCAGAAGAACUUAAAAAAUCACCCAAAGGCAAAGAAGAAGUUGAAAAAAUUCAAAAUGAAACCAAAAAAGAACAACAGAAGAAAACACCAAAGACUGAUAAAGAAUCUGUACCAACAGCAAAAGAAGCCAAGCAGCUACCAGAUACUAAAUUACAAGAACUAAUGGAUGAGUUGGCAUCAACAAAGAAUCAACUGAAAGAUCAAGAGGCUCUCGUGAAGCAACUGGAAGCUGCAACUGAACAGAAAGACAAUGAGGAUAAGGAUCAGAGUCAUAAAGAUGAUAAAAUCAAAGACCUCAAAGAUAAAAACAAGAAACUUAAGACUAUGAUUUCAGAAGCAGCAAAGGAAGUGAAGGAAAAGAUCAAGGAAAACAAAGAGAAAGAAAAUCGAAUCAAGAAACUUGAAGAUGAACUCAAAAAGAUUCCGAAAGGUGAAGAUAAAGUUGAAGAGAUCAAGAAAAGUGUUCCAGAGAGAAUUGAGAAAAAGAAAGAUAAAACUCCAAAUGUGAAUGAUGUAAAGAAAAUGAAUGAUAUGGAAAUUGCUGCCUUAAUGGACCAGCUUGGUAUUCUGAAGAAGGAAGUUGAUGACUUGGAAGCUCUCAAUAAAAUUCUAGAAGAUGAUAAGAAAGGAGUUGGUGAAGUGAAACAGAGGCUAGAAGAUGCCAGGACUGAAUUGAAAAGUAAAGAUUCUCUAAUAAGGCAACUGGCAGAAGAACUAAAAAAAUCACCGAAAGGCAAAGAAGAAGUUGAAAAGAUUCAAAAUGAAACCAAAAAAGAACAACAGAAGAAAACACCAAAGUCUAAUGAAGAAUCUGUACCAACAGCAAAAGAAGCCAAGCAGCUACCAGAUACUAAAUUACAAGAACUAAUGGAUGAGUUGGCAUCAACAAAGAAUCAACUGAAAGAUCAAGAGGCUCUCAUGAAGCAACAGGAAGCUGCAACUGAACAGAAAGACAGUGAGGAUAAGGAUCAGAGUCACAAAGAUGAUAAAAUCAAAGAACUCAAAGAUAAAAACAAGAAACUUAAGACUAUGAUUUCUGAAGCAACAAAGGAAGUCAAGGAAAAGAUCAAGGAAAACAAAGAGAAAGAAAAUCAAAUUAAGAAACUUGAAGAUGAACUCAAAAAGAUUCCCAAAGGUGAAGAUAAGGUUGAAGAGAUCAAGAAAAGUGUUUCAGAGAGAAUUGAGAAAAAGAAAGAUAAAACGCCAAAUGUCAAUGAUGUCAAGAAAAUGAAUGAUAUGGAAAUUGCUGCCUUAAUGGACCAGCUUGGUAUUCUGAAGAAGGAAGUUGAUGACUUGGAAGCUCUCAAUAAAAUUCUAGAAGAUGAUAAGAAAGGAGUUGGUGAGGUUAAACAGAGGCUAGAAGAUGCCAGGGAUGAAUUGAAAAGUAAAGACUCUCAAAUAAGGCAACUGACUGAAGAACUAAAAAAAUCACCCAAAGGCAAAGAAGAAGUUGAAAAGAUUCAAAAUGAGACCAAAAAAGAACAACAGAACAAAACAGCAAAGUCUAAUGAAGAAUCUGUACCAACAGCAAAAGAAGCCAAGCAGCUACCAGAUAUUAAAUUACAAGAACUAAUGGAUGAGUUGGCAUCAACAAAGAAUCAACUGAAAGAUCAAGAGGCUCUCGUGAAGCAACUGGAAGCUACAACUGAACAGAAACACAAUGUGGAUAAGGAUCAGAGUCAUAAAGAUGAUAAAAUCAUAGAAUUAAAAGAUGAAAACAAGAAACUUAAAAGGAUGAUUUCUGAAGCAGCAAAGGAAGUGAAGGAAAAGAUCAAGGAAAAUAAAGACAAUAAAAAUCAAAUUAAGAAACUUGAAGAUGAACUCAAAAAGAUCCCAAAAGGUGAAGAUAAAGUUGAAGAGAUCAAGAAAGGUGUUCCAGAGAGAAUUGAGAAAAAGAGAGAUAAAACCCCAAAUGUGAAUGAUGUAAAGAAAAUGAAUGAUAUUGAAAUUGCUGCUUUAAUGGACCAGCUUGGUAUUCUGAAGAAGGAAGUUGAUGAUUUGGAAGCACUCAAUAAAAUUCUAGAAGAUGAUAAGAAGGGAGCUGGUGAAGUUAAACAGAGACUAGAAGAUGCCAGGAAUGAAGUGAAAAGUAAAGACUCUCAAAUAAGGCAAUUGGAAGAGGAACUAAAGAAAUCACCUAAAGGCAGAGAAGAAGUUGAGAAGAUCCAAAAUGAAACAAAAAAAGAACAAAAAAAGUAUACACCAAAGACAAAUGAAGAAUCUGUACCAACAGCAAAAGAAGCCAAGCAGCUACCAGAUACUAAAUUACAAGAACUAAUGGAUGAGUUGGCAUCAACAAAGAAUCAACUGAAAGAUCAAGAGGCUCUCAUGAAGCAACUGGAAGCUGCAACUGAACAGAAAGACAAUGAGGAUAAGGAUCAGAGUCAUAAAGAUGAUAAAAUCAAAGAACUCAAAGAUAAAAACAAGAAACUUAAGGCUAUGAUUUCUGAAGCAGCAAAGGAAGUGAAGGAAAAGAUCAAGGAAAACAAAGAAAAAGAUAAUCAAAUAAAGAAACUUGAAGAUGAACUCAAAAAGAUUCCCAAAGGUGAUGAUAAAGUUGAAGAGAUCAAGAAAAGUGUUCCAGAGAGAAUUGGGAAAAAGAAAGAUAAAACUCCAAAUGUGAAUGAUGUAAAGGAAAUGAAUGAUAUGGAAAUUGCUGCCUUAAUGGACCAGCUUGGUAUUCUGAAAAAAGAAGUUGAUGACUUGGAAGCACUCAAUAAAAUUCUAGAAGAUGAUAAGAAAGGAGUUGGUGAAGUUAAACAGAGACUAGAUGACACCAGGAAUGAAUUGAGGAGCAAAGAUGCUCAAAUAAGGCAAUUGGAAGAGGAACUAAAGAAAUCACCUAAAGGCAGAGACGAAGUUGAGAAGAUCCAAAAUGAAACAAAGAAAGAACAAAAAAAGUAUACACCAAAGACAAAUGAAGAAUCUGUACCGACAGCAAAAGAAGCAAAGGGGCUACCAGAUACUAAGUUACAAGAACUAAUGGAUGAUUUGGCAUCAACAAAGAGUCAACUUAAGGAUAAAGAGGCUCUCAUGAAGCAACUAGAAGCUGCAACUGAACAGAAAGACAAUGAGGAUCAGGAUCAGAGUCAUAAAGAUGAUGAGAUAAAAGAACUCAAAGAUAAAAUCAAGAAACUUAAGGCUAUGAUUUCUGAAGCAGCUAAGGAAGUGAAGGAAAAGAUCAAGGAAAACAAAGAGAAAGAAAAUCAAAUUAAGAAACUUGAAGAUGAACUCAAAAAGAUUCCCAAAGGUGAAGAUAAAGUUGAAGAGAUCAAGAAAAGUGUUCCAGAGAGAAUUGAGAAAAGGAAAGAUAAAACUCCAAAUGUGAAUGAUGUCAAGAAAAUGAAUGAUAUGGAAAUUGCUGCCUUAAUGGACCAGCUUGGUAUUCUGAAAAAAGAAGUUGAUGACUUGGAAGCACUCAAUAAAAUUCUAGAAGAUGAUAAGAAAGGAGUUGGUGAAGUUAAACAGAGACUAGAUGAUACCAGGAAUGAAUUGAGGAGCAAAGAUUCUCAAAUAAGGCAAUUGGAAGAGGAACUAAAGAAAUCACCUAAAGGCAGAGAAGAAGUUGAGAAGAUCCAAAAUGAAACAAAAAAAGAACAAAAAAAGUAUACACCAAAUACAAAUGAAGAAUCUGUACCAACAGCAAAAGAAGCCAAGCAGCUACCAGAUACUGAGUUACAAGAACUUAUGGAUGAGUUGGCAUCAACAAAGAGUCAACUGAAGGAUAAAGAGGCUCUCUUGAAGCAACUGGAAGCUGCAACUGAACAGAAAGACAAUGAGGAUAAGGAUCAGAGUCAUAAAAAUGAUGAGAUCAAAGAAUUAAAAGAUAAAAACAAGAAACUAAAGAGUAUGAUUUCUGAAGCAUCAAAUGAAGUGAAAGAAAAGAUAAAGGAAAAUAAAGACAAUAAAAAUCAAAUAAGGAAACUGGAAGAUGAACUCAAGAAGAUUCCCAAAGGUGAAGAUAAAGUUGAAGAGAUCAAGAAAAGUGUUCCAGAUAGAAUUGAGAAAAAGAAAGAUAAAACACCAAAUGUGAAUGAUGUAAAGAAAAUGAAUGAUAUGGAAAUUGCUGCUUUAAUGGACCAGCUUGGUAUUCUGAAGAAGGAAGUUGAUGACUUGGAAGCACUCAAUAAAAUUCUAGAAGAUGAUAAGAAAGGAGUUGGUGAAGUUAAACAGAGGCUAGAUGAUGCCAGGAAUGAAUUGAAAAGUAAAGAUUCUCUAAUAAGGCAACUUGCAGAAGAACUGAAAAAAUCACCCAAAGGCAAAGAAGAGGUUGAAAAGAUUCAAAAUGAAACCAAAAAAGAACAACAGAAGAAAACAGCAAAGGCUAAUGAAGAAUCUGUACCAACAGCAAAAGAAGCCAGGGAGCUACCAGAUACUAAGUUACAAGAACUAAUGGAUGAGUUGGCAUCAACAAAGAAUCAACUGAAAGAUCAAGAGGCUCUCAUGAAGCAACAGGAAGCUGCAACUGAACAGAAAGACAAUGAGGAUAAGGAUCAGAGUCAUAGAAAUGAUAAAAUCAAAGAACUCAAAGAUAAAAACAAGAAACUUAAGACUAUGAUUUCUGAAGCAGCAAAGGAAGUGAAGGAAAAGAUCAAGGAAAACAAAGAGAAAGAAAAUCAAAUCAAGAAACUUGAAGAUGAACUCAAAAAGAUUCCGAAAGGUGAAGAUAAAGUUGAAGAGAUUAAGAAAAGUGUUCCAGAGAGAAUUGAGAAAAAGAAAGAUAAAACUCCAAAUGUAAAUGAUGUAAAGAAAAUGAAUGACAUGGAAAUUGCUUCUUUAAUGGACCAGCUUGGUAUUUUGAAAAAGGAAGUUGAUGACUUGGAAGCACUCAAUAAAAUUCUAGAGGAUGAUAAGAGAGGACUUUGUGAAGUUAAACAGAGGCUUGAAGAUGCCAGAGAUGAAGUUAAAAGUAAAGACUCUCAAAUUAGGCAACUUGAAGAGGAACUUAAGAAAUCACCUAAGGGCAAAGAAGAAGUUGAAAAGAUCCAGAAAGAAACCAGACAAGAACAACAGAAGAAGACAUUAAAGGCUAUUGAAGAACCUGUACCAACAGCAAAAGAAGCCAAGGAGCUACCUGAUAUUAAGUUACAAGAACUAAUGGAUGAGUUGGCAUCAACAAAGAAUCAACUGAAAGAUCAAGAGGCUCUCGUGAAGCAACUGGAAGCUACAACUGAACAGAAAGACAGUGAGGAUAAGGAUCAGAGUCAUAAAGAUGAUAAAAUCAAAGACCUCAAAGAUAAAAACAAGAAACUUAAGACUAUGAUUUCUGAAGCAGCAAAGGAAAUGAAGGAAAAGAUGAAGGAAAAUAAAGAAAAAGAAAAUCAAAUACAGAAACUUGAAGAUGAACUCAAAAAGAUUCCCAAAGGUGAAGAUAAAGUUGAAGAGAUCAAGAAAAGUGUUCCAGAGAGAAUUGAGAAAAAGAAAGAUAAAACUCCAAAUGUGAAUGAUGUAAAGAAAAUGAAUGAUAUGGAAAUUGCUGCCUUAAUGGACCAGCUAGGUAUUUUGAAGAAGGAAGUUGAUGACUUGGAAGCACUCAAUAAAAUUCUAGAAGAUGAUAAGAAAGGAGUUGGUGAAGUUAAACAGAGGCUAGAAGAUGCCAGAAAUACUAUUAUCCAAAAGGAUAAGAAAAUAAGAAAUUUGGAUAGAGAGUUGGAAAAGUUAGAAGAAACUAAAGAUGAAGAACAACUUCAGGAUUCACCCAUUAAAGAUGCUGACGAAAAACUUAAGGCACUGAAGGAGAAAAAUGACAGCUUGAAAGAAAAGAAUGCAGCAAUGAAAGAAAAUGUUUUGCAAGCUGUUAAAGACCUCAGACAGAAGUCUCAGCAAAAUAAGGAGAAUAAAAAAAGAAUCAAACAGUUGGAAGCAGACUUAAGAAAAAUAAAGCAAGACCAUGAGGAAGGAAAACAACAUACUUUUGAAGAGGAAACAAAAGUUCCACAUGUUGAUGUAACGAAAAUGAAUGAUAUGGAGAUAUCUGUUUUGAUGGAUCAACUAGAGAUUCUCAAAGGUGAAGUUGCUGAUUUAGAAGCAUUGAAUAAAUUGCUAGAAAAUGAUAAAAAGGGAACAAUGGAUAUCAAGCAUAGAUUUAAAGAGGCGAGAAAUAACUUGAUAAAGAAGGAUGCAAUUAUCAGACAACUAGAGGAUGAACUUAAGAAAGAACCAGAGAGAUUUAAAAAGAUUGAUGAAUUGAUCAAAUUAGAAAAUGUUGAUACUUUAGAAAAUGAUAAAAAGGAGAAUGAUUCAACUCCAGAUGUUGCUGAUGUAAAGAAAAUGAAUGAUAUGGAAAUCGAAGCAUUAAUGUCCCAACUUGAUAUUCUUAAGAGAGAAAAUUUUGAUCUUGAAACACUGAACAAAGCACUAGAAGAAAACCAAAAAGAUCAGAGUGAAGAAAAUAAGAACAAUCAGUUGAGACAAAAGAAUGCUAAAUUGAAAGAAAAGCUUUCAGAAACAGCUCAAGAACUGGAUAAGAAAUCAAAACAAAUUAAAGACAUGGAGAACAAAAUCAAACAACUUGAAGAAGAACUGAAAAAGGUUCCAGAAGGUCAACAGAAGAUUGAGGAGAUCAAUACCUCAGUGAAAGAUGAAGAUGAGAAUGAUUCACCUAGUAUCAACAAAUUCAAGAAAAUGGAUGACAAAGAUAUUGCAUUGGUGGAUCAAAUCGAGGCGCUUAAUGAGGAACUUGCUGAUUUAAAAGCUUUGAACCAAGUUCUGCAAGAUGAAGAAUCAGAUCCUAAACAACUGCAAGAUAGACUUGAUUCAGCAAGAAAAGAUGCAAGAGAACAGAGGGAAAUAGUAAAAAAUCUUGAAAAUGAAUUAAAACUUUUUAAGAAUAAUGAAAAUGAGGAUGUGAAAGAGGAUGACAAUAAACCAAUCUCAACCACUAAGGCCAAUAAACCAUUUGUGAGACAGGUGAGUACAUUUAUAUGUGAUAUAUUAUUAUUAUUAUAAAAUAUAAUUUUCUAAGAAAAAGAUUGUAUAAGGAAAAUUUUACUAAACUUACUAAUUAUCAGUAUGAUUCAAAAGAACAUUUAUUUGCUAUUUUAGAAUAGGGAUCUUGUGAAUCUAGAGCUUGAGGCUCUAAUGGAGCAAAUAACAGCUUUGCAAAGUGAAAAUGAAGAUUUAGAAGCACUAAACAAACUUCUGGAAAGCAACAAGGAUACCACUGACAUCAAAGAUAGAUUGGACAAAGCUAGAAAAGAUGCAAAGGAUAAAGAUGAUACAAUCAAAAAGAUGAACAAAGUUAUUAAACAUCUUGAGAGUCUACUUGAUGCUGGUGAAGCCACUUCUAAUGACAAGCCAGAAACUGAUGUCCCUGUGUCACACGAACCAUAUAUUAGCCAGG